GACCCCGCCCAGUUCCUGCAGGUGCAUGGCCGAGCCUGCAAGGUUCACCUGGACUCUGCUGUUGCCCUGGCUGCUGAGAGCCCUGUGAACAUGCUUGCAGAGAAGAAGGCUUCCAUUGGCUACACCUAUGAAGACAGUACAGAGGCAGAGGUAGAGAAGGUGGCCGAGAAACCAGAGGAGGAGGAGUCACCAGCUGAGGAGGAGAGCAAUUCGGAUGAAGAUGAGGUCAUCCCCGACAUCGACGUGGAGGUGGAUGUGGACGAGCUGAACCAGGAGCAGGUGGCUGAUCUCAAUAAGCAGGCCACGACCUACGGCAUGGCUGACGGAGACUUUGUCAGGAUGCUACGGAAAGACAAGGAGGAGGCAGAGGCCAUUAAACAUGCCAAGGCCCUGGAGGAGGAGAAAGCCAUGUACUCGGGCCGGCGUUCCCGGCGACAGCGAAGAGAAUUCAGGGAGAAGCGGCUGAGGGGCCGGAAGAUCAGCCCUCCCAG